AUGAACGCCGUUCAACUCAUCGAGAAGCACUUCCAGACCCUCAAGGUCGGCCAACAAGCAUUCCUCAGCUUAUAUGCUCCCAAUGCUGUGGCUGAAAUGCCAUACUCGCCUCACCCUUACCCCACCAAAGUAGAGGGACUUGAGGCUAUUGGUGCUUCGGUAGCGGGCUUUGUCGGCGGCAUGGGUGAUGACUUUAAUGUUAAAGUCAACAAGAUUUAUCCUAUUGAUGGCGAGGAUGCUGCUUUUGUCGAAUUCACCAUGACUGGAACGGUGACGAUGACGGGAAAGAAAUAUGAGCAAAACUACGUGGCGUAUUUCCGCGCUGAGAAUAGCAAGAUUGUCCUGUACCGGGAGUACUUUGACAGUUCGCGGAUAGCAGCUGCAUUUGCUCCUGAUAACUAA